AUGGCUGUCGCCGAAACUGAGAAGUUCCUCCACCUCUCGCGGCCCAUCGCGCCGGCCACGAUUGGCAUCCCAGGCAACAUUGCCCCGCUCACCGUCAACAUCCAACCCCAGGCUAUCCUCUCCAUCCUCGACCAUGCCGUGCGAAGAGACAUCCGCGAUACGCAAUCAACCCGCGUUAUCGGCGCCCUCGUUGGUGUCCGCUCCGAAGAUGGCACCGAGGUCGAAGUGCGCUCCUGCUUCGCCAUCCCUCACACCGAGAACGAGGAUCAGGUCGAGGUGGACGUCGACUACCAGAAGAACAUGCUGGCUCUCACCCUCAAGGCCAACCCGCGCGAGUCCCUCCUCGGCUGGUACACCACCACCCACGAGCUUAACUCCUUCUCCGCCCUGAUUCAGAACUUCUUCGCCUCCCCGGAGACCGGCACUUUCCCCCACCCCGCUGUCCACCUGACCAUCAGCACCGACCCGACCUCCGACAUCGAGGCCCGAUGCUACAUCUCUGCCCCUGUCGCCGUCAACGCCGAGCGCGCCGCCGAGAGCUGCCUCUUCAUCCAGGUGCCCCACAAGCUCAUGUACGGCGACGCCGAGCGCAGCGCCCUCGAGGCCAUCUCCAUGGCCAAGGACACCGAGGACCGCACCGCCCCUGUCGUCUCCGACAUUGAGGGCCUCGCCCGCUCCAUCGAGUCCGGCGCCAACCUUAUCGAGCGCGUCAGCGAUUGGGUCAACGGCAUCCUCGAUGAGGAUGAGGAGCCCAACCAGGCCCUUGGCCAGUAUCUCAUGAACGCCCUCUCGCUCGCCCCCAAGGUCGACCCCGAGCAGAUCGAACACGAUUUCAACAACCACAUCCAGGACGUCCUCAUGGUCUCCUACCUGGCCAACACCAUCCGCACCCAGAUCGAUCUGUCGCAACGGCUGGCUGUUGCCAACCUCACUGCCGGCGAGAAGGAUGGCGAGGGCAAGGCUACCGAGGGCGGCGAGAAGGGCGAGCAGCGGGGCGGUGGUGGACGUGGCGGCAAGCGUGGCGGACGCGGCGGCGGACGCGGCGGUGGCCAGAGGGGGGAGCCCAGAGAGCCCCGCGAGCCUCGCGAGCCGAGGGAACCCACCGAGUAA